CAGUGGGUCCUUUAUCAUUCUAUCUCAUUCCAGCUAGCGCAUGCCAUGUGAAUUGAAUAUAAAAAGACGAAACAACGAAGCAAGUCCACAACACCAAACAAGCUCUUUCGUUUCUGCACAAUGCAUCUCAAAAGCAUCGUUGUUCUUCUCUCUCUAGGAGCACUCGCUCAGGCCUUUGUCAUCCCAGACUAUGCCACUGACGGACUGUACUUAGCGGCAAUUGAGCCAGACGGCACCGAAACUCACACCCGCAUAACAGAUAUUAUGCCCAUCGGUGAAAGAGAGAUACCCGAGAAGACGGAAAACCUCCACUCCCUCAAGCCACGGGGUGACAUACCCACCUGGUGUGGAUGCGGCUACGACUUGGACCAUACUGGAACCGACCAAGCGGUAGCUGCUAUCAAGAACUACUUCCAAACAAUCACCAGUAGUCUCAAAGCACAGAACGCGGUUUAUAUAGUGUAUGGAGGCACCGUCGCUUUCAUGUGCAACAGCGAUAACAUAGAUUGGAAUGGUAUUGCAACGGAGUUUAUUACCACUGCAUACGAAAUAAUUACCUCGAUGUGCGGCUGGUACAUCGCUGGCACUGCACAGUGGGAAGGGGGAAUUUUCAGGAUUGGUUACAUUCUUGACACUAGUUACUUCUAUACCGGAAGCAAUCUGAAGAGCCUGAUAUGUACCUCUCCAAGUUUUGAAUCCGACUUACACAAGCUCGUCUUGCUAGUGCACUGCCACAAUCACGAUGCGGGCCAACCGAAGAAGCGGCGACUUGAGGCAUGGAAGCUCGCGUUUCCGCCUGAUAGUGUUGAUGGCAGCGUGCCUGAACUUUCCAAUGAGUGGCUUAUCAGAAAGGUUCUUGAGCAGUUGAAUGCCGAAUGUAUUACAUACGACAACGGACGGGCGUGUAAGCGAAAGAUUGGCGGGCAGAAGGAGCAGAAUUGCGAGAGAACGCUUCAAGAGCUCACCAACUCAAAGAUAUACGCCGAAGACACCAAGCUCGUAUCUUUACUCAAGGUACUGGAGUGGAGCAGAACUUGCGACAUCUAUAAAAGUCCGAUGCAGUCUACGUGGCUAGCGACAUGGAUGGAAAGCCUCAUGCUGGUGCUACCCUUGCUGAAGUUAGUAGGCAGACGGGCCCUCGCCAGCAGUCCAUCGAACGAGCCUAAGGCUUCUUCGGAAGCUCAAGCACGCCUGUCUAUCGCCACGGCUCCCUUGAUGGCGCAGAAGGUUUCUUACUUCAAAUUACGCAUCUUGCCUCCACAAGCUUCAUUAGGCCCUGUCAUUAGCACAGACGCUGAUCCGGCAUUAAACUGGCCAAAAGCCUACGACUCGAGCCACUUCAACAUUGUUGCACAUGUCAAUCACGACGCCAGGUCUACACGCUCGUAUGCGCGGAUUCGCACAACGAUCCGAAAGUUGUUAGAUACGUCUGACCUUCGUGACGGAUAUGUCUACUCCUACGGAGUUGAGGGCAAUGAAGGCUACUUCAUCAAGUGGCAAAAUGUGGGUUAG